UUUUUUAAAGUACUUUGGCUAAUAACCAAUACAUUAAUAGUUUAUGGAGGACUUUGCUAGGAUACCGGAAGUAAACAAACGGAAACAUUCAGCAAAAAUGACCACACUGCUAAAGGAACCACAUGCUAUAAAGGCCAAAGUGAUGCUUUGGAGAGACAUAAGCUACCAUGACAUGGAGAUUAUUGACCAGAUAAAGGCUGUUCCUGAUCUGGAGAGCACUUUAUGCAGACUGUUUGGACUGGAUCUCCCUGAGCCAAAAAGAGGAGUUGUUGUGGAGCUGUACGUCCAGGCUGUGCUGUUUGGCAGGAAGCAGAGCUUUAAAAAAGAGCAGACGUCUUCACUUCUGUCCAUCAUUAAGUCUAUCCAUGAGGCUAACGUAGGGAAUCUUCUCAAGGAUGAAGACGAAUGUUUUCAUUACUGUGUUGAACUUCUGCUGUGCCACUCAGUCAGGCGGCCUCCUUUCAGCAUCAGCAUCUUCACGUAUGAAGAAGCCAACAGCAUCCUGAAGUAUCUGGACGCUGUCUAUUUGAAACACUGUAAACUUUACAAGUACAUCUUUACGCCACAGCCCAAACUUGAUCUGUUUUUGACUUAUUCUGGGAUGGAAGAACAUGCAUCUUCUGCUGCAAACGGUAGAGAUGUUGCCGAUUUGAUGGAAGAAACAAAAUAAACGUUGACCACAGAUCAGCAAGACGCCUGUAAUGGUUAUUUGGAUUCAAAAACAGCCAUUUAGCAAAACGUCAGCCAGAAAAUGAUGCUUUCAAAUAAUCACAAAGACUAAAAAAUAAAAAUCCAAACUGUACA